AGUGGGAACAGGGAAAGCUCUGCUGGUAUCCCAUGGCAGAAGUCUGGAUGCUUUCUCUCUCCUAUACUGUCUGGGGGAGCAGCUCCCCCUGCCAAAGCCCCAGGAGGAUUUGUACCUCCCUGGCCUUUGCACCCCUGCAGGAACAUCUCAACACUCCAGGCUUCGCCAGGAACACAUAGCCCAGAUUUUUCCAAAGAGCAACCACAAAACUGGAAUCUCAUAUGAGCACCACCAUGAAAGAAAGAAAAUAGAGGGGGUGGGGAAGAAACCUCCCAGAGCUCAGAGGACACAGAUGAGGUUACUGGGGAUGAACAGGCAGCAGUUGACUAAAUUUCCCUUUUUUUUUUUUUUUUUUUUCAGUUUCCUAAACACUACUCACUGUUUUCCUCCCAGCCUAAACACCCCUGUCCCAAGCUGGAGCCUCCAAGUAGUUCAGCAAUUUAAUCCAAGAGGUGCUGCUGCAGCAUGGCCUGGUGACUGCCUGACCCUCACUGUACCCUUUGUCCAUCGUGCUCCAACCCCUCUGGAGUUAUAAAUAUUCCACAACAGAGCCUGGACUGGAUUAUAAUUAGACAAUGAGCCAAGAGGAUGGAAACAAUGAACUAUAAAAGCCUGGCUAUCCCCCCAACCAGGACCUGCACACUGGGCAGCACUGGAAUGAACAAGUCACCAGGAGCUGUGACAGGAAAGCUGAGGAUUUCCUCCAGAUUGGAUCCGGAGCAUCCCUUAGCAGCUCCACCUCGUGCUCCCAUCGCCAGGUUUUACACAGCCCUGAUCACGGGAGACCUGAGGACCCUCCAGGUCCUGACUGAGCGAUACCACCAAGAUGUCAACCUGGUCUUUGAGAUCAGUAAGAACGAGCUGGAGUGGCAGGUGAAAAGCCAAGCCUCUUAUGGACUCUCAGGGCUGUGGGCUCUGGAGGAGAGGCGGGAGCUGAGCACCCCUCUGUGCCUCGCCGCCCGCCACGGCCACCCCGACCUCCUGCGGCACCUCCUGCGCCGUGGGGCCAACCCCAACCUGGCCCCGGGGGGACAGGGACCCCUGCACGAGGCCUGCCUGGGGGGACACAGCGACUGCGUGGAGCUGCUGCUGGAGUACAAAGCCAACCCCAACCUGCAGAGCGACGAGGGGACGGCCCCGCUGCACCUCUGCACCAGCCAGGACUCCCUGCGGUGUGCCAAGCUCCUGCUGAGACACGGGGCGGCCGUGGAGCUGCCGAGCGAGGCGGGAGGGGACACAGCCCUGCACGUGGCCGCCAGGCACCGUCUGUGCCACCACGCCCGCCUCUACCUGCGGCGCCGGGCGCGCGUCGACGCCCGCAACGCGCGGGAGGAGACGGCCCUGGGCAUCCUCUGCGGGCAUCCCCCGGGCGUGGGCGAAGACUCCCUGCAGCUUUUCCAGCUGCUGGCUGCCCACGGCGCCGACGUGGACGCCCGGGAUGAGAGCUGGAGGAGCCCCUUGCACCGGGCGUGCGGGGCGGCCAACGCCGAGCUGGCGCGGCUCCUGCUGCGGCGCGGCGCCGACGCCAACGCCAUCGACUACGACGGCGUGUCCCCGCUGGGCUGGGCCCUGCAAGGCGCUGCCUCCCGCGGGGAUCUGCGUCCCCACCUCACCGUCCAGCUGCUGCUCAACCACGGCUCGCACAAGAUAUGGCCCCCUGCCUUCGUCAAGGUGCUGAGAUCCUGCGCGGCCGUGCCGGAGGUCAUCGAGGUCCUCUUCAACUCCUACUCCCAAAUCCCAGUCUGCCAGGAGUGGGCCAAGGUUGUGCCAGAGGAGGUGUUCCAGCAGCACCAGCUUUUCUACGAGUCCCUUUUCGGGCUGGCAGGCACAGCCCGGUGCCUGCAGCACUGGUGCCGCUCCGCGCUCCGCACCAGUUUUGGGAGCCAGUGCCAUUCCCUCAUCCCUCUGCUGCCUGUGCCCAAGGCUCUGCGUGACUUCCUGCUGCUGGAGCCCCAAGGAGUCGUGAUGUGA